AAUAACACGGAAGUAGUAAUAAGUUGUUGCAGAGCAACUAAUAUUAGUUAUUUUAUUGAAAAUUAGGGGCUUAAAUGUUUACCAUGUCGGUAGUCUAUCAAUGACAAAGACAGCUGGCUUUGUAGUUUGAAGUUUAGCGAUGUGUUUAUGUGAUGUAUCGUCGCUUCGACGCCUCUUUAUUUAGGAAACCUAAGAAGCGUCAUGUCUCAUGUUAGCUAGCAGUUUACUAGCAUAACUUUCUCCUUCCUUAAAGUAUCCGUAGACCAUCACAAUGAAAUUACGUUCGUCUGUUUUUGCCUGCUUUAUUUUAAUAUUAGAAGUGAUUGGCAUUGCUGUCUUCCUGCGGGGUUUUUUCCCUGUUCCUGUCAAGUCUUCUUUCUCAUCCAAAAACAAGCUGUCAGAUUUGCCGCUGGAGCCGCUGGCUGGGCAUCCUCCUAACUCAUCUCGCCUGCCUCAGCCCCUUUUCAAAAGGGUGGUUAUUAUGUUGGUGGACGCGCUCCGUGAGGAUUUUGUAUUUGGGUCCAGCGGCAGUGUUUUUAUGCCCUACACCAGGCAUGUGGUGGAAAGGGGCUCAUCGCACAGCUUAGUGGCCAAAGCGAGACCUCCCACAGUCACCAUGCCCAGGAUCAAGGCUCUCACCACUGGCAGUAUCCCAGGCUUCAUUGAUGUGGUAAUGAACCUCAAUUCUCCUGCGCUGCUGGAAGACAACCUCAUUUGGCAGGCCAAGACGGCAGGAAAGAGGAUCGUCUUCUACGGGGAUGACACCUGGGUGCGCCUCUUCCCAAAACACUUCAUGGAGUAUGACGGCACGACCUCGUUUUUUGUUUCUGACUACACCGAGGUUGACAACAAUGUCACCCGUCACCUGGACAGCACCCUGAAGAGAGACGACUGGGACAUAUUGAUCCUCCACUACCUGGGCCUGGACCAUAUCGGUCAUAUCAGCGGACCUCACAGUUCACUCAUCCAGCCCAAGCUGCUGGAGAUGGACGACAUCCUGAAGAAGAUCCACAGCGCUCUUAUUACAAAGGAAGCUGAAGGAUCCUUGCCCUACCUGCUGGUGCUGUGUGGAGAUCACGGCAUGUCGGAGACCGGCAGCCAUGGAGGCUCCUCGGAGCCAGAAGUCAACACUCCUCUGGUGCUCAUAAGUCCAGCAUUCAAAAGGAAAGCUGGAAUGGAGAAGCCUGGAGUGGUGGAGCAGGUCGACCUGGCUCCGACUCUGGCCCUGGGACUCGGUCUGCCCAUAUCUCAGAACAGCGUGGGUCGGGUCAUCCCGGGCGUCUUGGAGGAAACCCCGCUCCGAGACCAGCUGCGCUUCCUGCAUCUCAAUGGUUACCAGCUCAGCUGCCUGCUCAAAGACAGCAUGCCUGAUUACGAGAAAGUGGAAGGUUUUGAGCAGUUUCGAGUGGCAGAAAAGGCUCAUGGGAACUGGAUGAAGCGCUACCUGGAAGGAAACACCUCUGAAGUGCUGACCAACAUGGGCAAAAAGGUCCUGAAGCAAUAUUUGGAGGCUCUGGCUGCUAUGAGCUCCACUCUUAGCAAGCAGCUGGGCAGAUAUGACAUGUACUCGAUGAUCGCAGGCAUGGUGUUUGUGUUUCAGCUCCUGUUAGUGUUACUGCUGGCGAUGCCCGAAGCGCUGAGCGCUGCAGCAGCCGUGGACCUCCCCAUCCUCUCCUCCCUGCUCUCCCUGCCUUUCUACCUCUUGUGCCUGCUUCUGGCCUCAGUGCACGUCUUGGUGUGCACAUCUGCAGAGAGCUCCUGUUACUUCUGCAGCCUCUCCUGGGGUCUCGUGUUUGCUGCUGUUGCCUUCUCCUCGGCCAUGUUUUGUAUUCUGAUCUCCAUAGCAACACGUAGACUCCCCCUCGGACCAAAGAUCCACUGGAAGUCUCCACUAAGGAGCCCCGGGGAUGAGUGGUCGCUGUCGGAGUUGGACGUUUUGCUGCUGGCGGGCACCGCUGGUCACACACUGAGCUUGGCAGCCAGCAGCUUCGUAGAGGAGGAGCAUCAGACGUGGUACUUCCUGCUCAACACGCUCUGCCUCACCGUCUUCCAGGAUGUCUGCCGCAAGUAUUUCAGAGAGCGGAAUGGCUCUGGAGACGAAGAGGAGCAUCUCCUCCCUUCAAAAGACAGCCAUGCCUUUCCAAACCCCAAGUCAGAUAUUUACUCAGAGAAAUGGCUUGCUUUAGCCACACCCCCUUUUACCCUGGUCUGCUGCAGGCUGCUGCGUUCACUCAACCAAACAGGAGUUCAGUGGGCUCAUCUUCCUGAUGUCGGGCAUUGGCUAAACAGCUCUGAACACAAGAUGAUACUCUCCCUGCUGUCUGCUUUCUGCUUGGUUCUUAUCUACCUCCUGGUUCAGAGACGAUGCUCGUGGGUCUCUAAGGUGGCUCUGGCACUUGGACUUUUGGGCGUCUACAGCUACCGGGCAGCUGUCGGCAAUGUCUUGUUUCCCUGGCAACACUCUGGUCGCACUACAUCCAGGGGAACAGUGGAGGCACGCUUUGUUUACGUCUUUGUUUUGGGAAUCCUCUUCUCGGGCACCAAGGACCUCCUGCGGUCCCAGAUCAUCACAGCAGAUGCCAAACUAAAGAGCAGGGGAUUAUGGGAGAUUUACAGCGGCUUGGUUUUGCUGGUUUCCCUCUUGUUUCGGGCUCACAACCUGCCGGUCCUCUGCGGCUGCCUCCUGAUCCAGACACUCAUGGCUCAAUUUAUCUGGAAGAAGCUCCACUACGAUGCAGCCCAGACCACCAUCAUGCACUACUGGUUUGGUCAAGCCUUCUUUUACUUCCAGGGCAACUCCAACAACAUCGCCACCAUCGACAUUUCUGUUGGCUUUGUUGGACUGGAAAGCUACGUGGAGGCACCUGCUAUCUUCUUAACAGCCCUCAGCACUUACGCAGGUCCCCUGCUGUGGGCGUGUCACCUUGUCUGCUACCUGAGCUCAGAGAGAGACAGGAGCCCGGUUUCUUUGAGCCACGGUUGCUACUGUUUGGCCCUGCUGAGGUCCGUGCCAGCUGCAGCCUACAUUGUUCUGGUAACUGUCCUUCGCUAUCAUCUCUUUAUAUGGAGCGUCUUUUCACCCAAAUUACUCUACGAGUCCAUGCACCUCCUGCUGACUGCAGGAGUCUGCCUCUUCUUCAUCACAAUGGAGCAAAACCACAGCUCAAGUAAACCUUAGGAAACCAAACACUGAUUGUCUUCCACAGUCUCUUAUACUAAGACUUUGUCAUUUACACUCAUCUGUUCACAUUGUGCAGACAGAUGUUUUAGGUAGAGUCUGUAUAUUUGGAAAAACAAUGGACUGUAAUGGAUUUUGAAUUGUCUAUUUAAAUAAUAUGUUCUUUCUAAAGAAGAAAAUGUAAAAGAAUGAAAUAAAGUGAAGUGUUUAAAACA